AUGUCCGAAGUCCAGACACGACGGGCCGCAGAUCUAUUAGGCCCGGAGACUUUUGGAUCGCCCGAUAACGGGAUUUUCCUCGCUCAGCUCCCCAUCAUGUCUGCAACGCCAGCGGAUACGUCUGCGUCCAGACUCGGUCACAUACUUCGUGGUCUCGAGGCCUCUCUGCAGGCAUUCCACGGUCUUCUCACCGAGCCAACGAUAAAAGAAGAGCUUUUCAAAUCCCUGCACGAUGACACAGGUCUUCCAAACAAAGAGAUUUCGGCGGCAGCCGAGAAGGUUGUGGACCUCAUUGGUUUGGUUGAACAUCUCCUUGAACCGGCCCCUCUACGACUCGCGGAUCACUUUCUAGUUGCAGCGGUUGAUCUGAACAUCGCCGACCACUUGAGCCAAGGACCCUUAAAGCUUGACGACUUGGCUGCACUGGCUCAUGCCAAACCAGACAGGCUGAAACAGAUCCUGCGGUCUUUGCACACGAACAACAUAUUUGCCUACAAUGAGACGACCGACCAUUGGGCGAAUAACCACGUCUCGAAGCUCCUGCGAAGCGACCACUGGACACAGUGGCGCAAUUGGGUGGACUUGUAUGGCAAUGAGUUCUACAAAAUCGCUGGAGGCAUUCCAGAAGCCGUAAAAGCCGAUGGAGAGAAAAAGGACCGCUCCGCAGCGCAUAUAGUCUUCGACACCGACGAAGACAUGUUCACCUAUUUCCAGCGGCAGGGUUGGGUGCCGCGACUCCAUCGGACCCUCGGAGGCGGAGCCAAGGCCAUGGCCCCAGGAAUUUUGACCGAUUACCCAUGGCAGGAGCUCGCCGACACUACCGUGCUGGACAUCGGCGGCGGCGGAGGCGCACUGACCGCCUCACUACUGCGCGCCCACCCCACGAUCCGCGGUGCGAUAUUCGACCUUCCAGCUGUGAUCGACCACGUCGGACCGUUCUUUAAGCCCGAGGGCCAGUUUAGCGACGUAGGUUCCCGUGUCACGCAUCUAAUCCCCGGAAACUUCCUCGAAGAAAUACCAUCUUUCACAGCUUACACGAUCAAGUGGGUGCUGCACGACUGGAACGACGUGGACGCAGUGAAGAUACUCCGCAACGUAAGGACAGCCAUCGAAGAAGGACCGGGAAGCCGGCUCGUGAUUCUGGAAUCGGUGCUUUCGGGCCGCAGGAGCGGCAGACUCUCGGUGUAUGGCGAUAUCAACAUGAUGAUGACGGCCAACGGGCAGGAGCGAACGGAGAAGCAGUGGCGGGCCCUGGCGGCUGAGUCGGGGUGGAUGACGCAUAGCAUUCACUCGUUGCGGAAUGCGUGGGUGCAAGCAAUUGAUCUCAGGCCUGCUCCUUUGCCGAAAGAUAUCAAGGUUUGCGAUGGGGGCGCCGAGGGGACCGAAAUGGUGAACCGGGACGCAGAUACCGAGAUCACCAAGGCCGGCAGUAUUCAGGUGAUCAAGGAGGGAAAUGGGUUCAGAAAUGUUCGAGAGGAAAUUAGGGUCGAAAACGACAAGGCUGCUGAUAUUCACGAAGUCCAGGCCGGGGAAGAGAGUAAAACGGCCGGCAUCCCACGCGGACCCAACGGCGACAGUGGCGAAGUGCCCCGUUAA